GUUGUGUAUUCGGAUUUUUGUAUUCGAGUAUACACUUUUUUCUUCCAUCCUAUCCAUUGAUUUUUCGCUGUUCAAUUGGAGAAGUUGGUAAACAGGACACGGAAUCCCCUCGAGAAACGCCCGAGAGAGAUCCAAAUCCGGAGCAACCAUGUCGGAGGCCGCGGUGCCAGCUAGCAAUGCGAAUGCAAAUGCCAGCGAGAAGAUGGCCAGCUUGGUGCGGGAGGCGGAGAAUCUGAAGACCAAGCUGGAGGAGGAGCGCCAGAAGCUGAACGACGUCAAUCUGUCGAACAUUGCCGAGCGGCUGGAGCAGAUCGCCUAUGUGAACAUCAAGCCGCGCAAGGUGCUCAAAGGCCAUCAGGCCAAGGUCCUGUGCACCGACUGGAGUCCCGACAAGCGUCACAUCAUCUCCUCGUCGCAGGACGGCCGGCUGAUCAUCUGGGAUGCGUUCACCACGAACAAGGAGCAUGCCGUCACCAUGCCCACCACCUGGAUCAUGGCCUGUGCCUAUGCUCCGUCGGGAAAUUUCGUGGCUUGCGGCGGGCUGGAUAACAAGGUCACCGUGUAUCCGAUUACCUCGGAUGAGGAGAUGGCCGCCAAGAAGCGCACGGUGGGCACUCACACCAGCUACAUGUCGUGCUGCAUCUACCCGAACUCGGAUCAGCAAAUUCUCACGGGCAGUGGCGAUUCCACAUGCGCCCUGUGGGACGUGGAGUCGGGUCAGCUGCUCCAAAGUUUCCACGGCCACUCCGGCGAUGUAAUGGCCAUCGAUCUGGCCCCCAACGAGACGGGCAACACCUUCGUCUCGGGCAGUUGCGAUCGCAUGGCCUUCAUCUGGGACAUGCGCUCGGGUCAUGUGGUGCAGUCCUUCGAGGGCCACCAAUCGGAUGUGAAUAGCGUCAAGUUCCAUCCUUGCGGAGAUGCCAUAGCCACGGGAUCCGAUGACAGCAGCUGCCGGCUGUACGAUAUGCGAGCGGAUCGCGAGGUGGCCGUCUUCGCCAAGGAGAGCAUCAUCUUUGGGGUCAACUCAGUGGACUUUUCGGUCAGCGGAAGGCUGCUGUUUGCUGGCUACAACGACUACACCGUCAACUUGUGGGACACCCUUAAGUCGGAGAGGGUGUGCCUGCUCUACGGGCAUGAGAACAAGGUGUCCUGCGUCCAGGUCUCGCCCGAUGGCACCGCUCUAUCCACCGGCAGUUGGGAUUACACCAUCCGGGUGUGGGCCUAAGCCGUGCAGAACGAAAAGCCCAUUGUUAGGGGGCAUCUGUCCUGGACGGAUGCUGCCUCGCUUUGUUUUCUCCUCUGUUCCAUCUAGUCUCAAUUUUGUUUUUGUUGUGCAUUUCUAGGAUAUUUAAUUUACGGAUUUGGUAUGGGUCAUAUCGGGACUACCAACUGCUGUAUUAUAAUGAACCCAAGUAUAUAUAUAUCUAUGUAUCUCGAAGUGUAACCAUUAUGCAACUAGCUAUAAGUUCCUGUUCGAAAUAAAUGUUGAGCGAUAGAAAAA